GACGCCGUUGACUGGAUCACGCCGGAUUGUUUUUUUUUUUUUUUUUUCUUUCUAAAUACUGUCAUCCACUCAUCCACUCAUCCCUAAACUGGAUUCUAUUGCACAGACGGUAUAUUCAUCGCCAAGGAUCUCUUAGAGAAAACAGGAGCUAGCGCGAUGGCAGCUGAUCUGGUUCCAAACUCCAGCUGCAAGAGUACUGUAUCCGCAGUUGGGAAGCAAAAUGGCCUUCUUGAUCCUUCAAAAGAGCUCGAUGCUGGAGCUUUAUUCGUCCUCAAAUCCAGAGGGUCAUGGCUGCACUGCGGGUACCAUUUGACCACAUCGAUCGUGGCGCCGGUGCUUCUGAGUCUUCCUUAUGCGCUGACCUUGCUAGGCUGGGCGGGUGGAAUUCUUUGCCUGGUUCUUGCUGGUUUGGUCACUUUUUAUUCCUAUAAUCUUCUAUCUCUGGUUUUGGAGCACCAUGCACAGCUUGGUCAACGCCACCUCCGGUUUCGGGACAUGGCCAGAGAUAUUUUAGGACCUCGCUGGGGCAAAUAUGUUAUUGGGCCACUUCAAUUUGGAAUAUGCUAUGGCGCAGUUGUGGCUGGAAGUCUUCUAGGAGGGCAGAGCCUUAAGUUCAUUUACUUGCUCUCAAAUCCAAACGGGACAAUGAAGCUAUACCAAUUCAUUGUCAUAUCUGGUGGGCUACUGCUGUUGUUGGCCCAAAUACCAUCAUUCCACUCCCUGAGGCAUAUUAAUCUUAUCUCUCUUGUGCUUUGUCUUACCUACAGCGCUUGUGUUACAGCCGGUGCAAUAAACAUCGGGCAUUCCGAGAACGCUCCUAUUAGGGACUAUUCUGUAAACGGCACGGGAGUAAAUCGAGUUUUUGGUGCUGCUAAUGCAGUGGCAAUCAUUUCUACUACUUAUGCCUGUGGAAUUAUUCCUGAAAUACAGGCAACCAUAGCUCCUCCAGUAAAGGGCAAGAUGUUCAAAGGUUUAUGCGUCUGUUAUACUGUUAUAGCCACGACUUUUCUCAGCGUUGCAAUCUCCGGGUAUUGGGCAUUCGGCAAUCAGGCCAUGGGGACAGUUCUUUCCAAUUUUAUGGGCAACGAAAAGCCUUUGCUGCCAACUUGGUUUCUCUUGAUGAUCAAUGUUUUCACCCUUUCGCAAAUAUCGGCUGUCGCAGUGGUUUACUUGCAACCAACAAAUGAAGUGUUUGAAAAGUUAUUUGCAGACCCCAAAAUGGAUCAAUAUUCCAUUCGUAACGUUGUGCCAAGAUUGAUUUCCAGGUCCUCAUCAGUGAUUAUAGCUACACUUUUGGCAGCUAUGCUACCUUUCUUCGGAGAUAUCAUGGCACUUUUUGGGUCAUUUGGAUGCAUUCCUCUUGAUUUUAUUUUCCCAAUGGUUGUCUACAACGUGGCUUUCAAGCCCUCAAAGCGCAGCCUUGUUUUCUGGUUGAACACAUUGAUAGCAGUAGUAUCCUCAGUGUUGUCCGUUGUAGGUGCAGUAGCAUCUGUUCGACAAAUAGUUAUUGAUGCCAAAACAUACCGAUUGUUUGCUAACGUGUAAAAACUACAUUAGCUAGGUGUAGUGUAUCAGAUCUCAUACAAGAAUGAUGAACACAUGAUGAUGUUUGAGAGAUGCUUAAUUAAGGCCGCAUUUCAUAACACA